AGAUUUCAUCAUUUCAAACUCUCUCUCCCGUUCUCUCUCUAAAACACAUUUUCUCUCUCUAAAACUAUGGCACCAAAUUUUAUCUUCCCCCAAAAUCUGAACUCGCUUGAAGAAGAAGAUCCCGAUUACACCCGCCUCACCGUCCAAAACGCUUCCGCCAUAUCCUCUCUUCGCUCCUCGGAACUCGAAGAAUUUGUAAAAGGGGUUUCCUUCGAUUUGUCGGAUAAAGAGUUAUUCUGUAUCGAAGAGCAAGAAAUUUUCGACCGCGUGUAUUCUUUGGUGAAGGGGUUUGCUAGCCUGACUCCCGGUUGCAAGCUCAAUUUGGUGGAGUCAUUGAGGUCUAAUCUGAGUGUUCUAUUGCCAAAUGUUGACUCUCUUUCGCGCUUGCGUGGCUCAGUUUCGAGCAGAAAUGGCAAUGAUUCGGAUGAGCAGGACGAAACUUCUGAGGUUUGUGAUGGAAGCUCGACGCUUGAUAGGGUGGCCUCGCACAGGAAUGCGUUUAAAAUAUAUACUUUUUUCCUUAUUCAUAUCGUGCUCAUCGAGGAGUCGAGCUCCAGUCCCAUCAAUAAUAACACUAAAGCAGCGGCAAGUAGCCGGAAGAAACAUCUGGUAAAUUCGUGGAAUUGGGAGUCUCAGAGGAGCAGAAUACUGAAUUUGAUUGCUAAUUCGCUGGAGAUCAAUCUUUCCUUGCUUUUUGGGUCAUCUAACCCGGAUGAAAAUUACUUAUCCUUCAUUGCGAAAAAUGCAUUCUUGAUGUUUGAGAACGCCGCGCUAUUAAAAGAUUCUGAUACGAAAGAUGCUUUAUGUCGUGUAAUCGGGACAUGUGCUACCAAGUAUCACUACAUAGCACAAUCAUGUGCUUCCAUUCUUCACUUAAUUCAUAAAUAUGAUUUUGUUGUUAUACAUUUGGCUGAUGCCGUUGCUGCGGCAGAAAAGAAGUAUGCUGAUGGAAGUGUGGCUACUUCCCUUAUUCGGGAGAUUGGAAAAACAAAUCCAAAAGCCUAUGUGAAGGAUACUGUUGGGGCUGAAAAUAUUGGCCGGUUCCUUGUAGAGCUUGCUGAUCGAUUGCCAAAGCUGAUUUCAACUAACAUUGGCUUGUUAAUUCCACAUUUUGGGGGAGAAUCUUACAAAAUGAGGAAUGCUCUUGUUGGGGUGUUGGGGAAGUUAGUUGUGAAGGCCUUUAAUGACGUUGAAGGAGAAGUGAGCUCAAAAUCUAUUCGUCUACGAACAAAGCAGGCCAUGUUGGAAAUCUUGUUGGAGCGCUGUCGUGAUGUCUCUGCUUAUACUAGAAGUCGUGUUCUUCAAGUUUGGGCUGAAUUAUGUGAAGAACAUUCUGUUUCAAUUGGUUUGUGGAAUGAGGUUGCGGCGGUUGCUGCUGGGAGGUUAGAAGACAAGAGUUCAAUGGUCAGGAAAUCUGCCCUUAAUUUACUUAUCAUGAUGCUGCAGCAUAACCCUUUUGGACCCCAACUUCGAACUGCUUCUUUUGAGGCAACCUUAGAACAGUACAAGAAGAAGUUGAACGAGCUUGGACCAAAAUCUCCAUCCAAAAAUUCAUCAGAAGGCGUCUCCAAUGGGUUGCCUUCAGACAAUGACAUCUCUAAUGUGGAUGGUGAGGUUGGAGAUGAAGAAACUGAAGGGAAUUCCAAGGAAGAAGAUAGUUUGACUGAUAGCUGCUUACCUCAAGCAGCUGAUGGUAUAGUACAGAUGGAUUCUUCUGUACCAUCUUUUGGGAAUUUGGAGCAAACUAGAACCUUGGUUGCUUCACUGGAGGCAGGCUUAAGAUUUUCUAUGUGUCUCUCUGCCACGAUGCCAACUCUUGUUCAGUUAAUGGCUUCAUCAUCUGCCACUGAUGUCGAAAAUGCAAUUCUUUUGCUCAUGAGAUGCAGACAAUUUCAAAUUGAUGGUUCAGAAGCCUGCCUCUGCAAGAUGUUGCCUUUGGUAUUUUCUCAAGAUAAAUCGAUUUGUGAGGCUGUUGAGAAUGCUUUCAUCACGAUAUAUAUAAGGAAGAACCCAGUAAAAACUGCAAAGAAUCUCUUGGAUCUUUCCAUAAAUUCAAACAUUGGGGAUCUUGCGUCCUUGGAGUUCAUCCUUGGAGCCCUGGUAUCCAAAGGCGACAUAACUGCUAGCAUGUUGUCUGCGUUGUGGGAUUUGUUUUGUUUCAAUGUCAGUGGAACAACCGCUGAGCAAAGUCGCGGUGCUUUAUCUGUCCUGUGCAUGGUGGCAAAAUCUUCUCCUAGUGUCCUCAGCUCUCACCUACAAGACAUUGUUGAUAUAGGAUUUGGUCGCUGGGCAAAAGUGGAACCUUUGCUAGCUAGGACAGCAUGCACAGCACUACAGAGGUUGUCCAAAGAGGAUAAGGAAAAAUUGUUGUCUAGUAAUGGCAGUCGUGUAUUUGGUAUUUUAGAGGGUUUGGUUACUGGCUUCAUACUUCCAGAGAACAUAUGGUAUGCUGCAGCUGAUCGAGCAAUUGCUACAAUAUACACUAUUCAUCCAACUCCAGAAACAAUAGCUGCUGAUCUCGUGAAAAGAUCUCUCAGCUCUGUAUUUAAUUGCCAUGGCGAUGGUAAGUUACAAAAUGACAUGGAUAAUGGCAGCUCCAGUGUCCUUACGACUGUUCAGGUUACGAAACUUAGCAGAUAUCUAUUUGUUGUUAGUCAAGUAGCCAUGAACCAAUUGGUCUAUAUUGAAUCUUGUGUUCGGAAAAUCCGAAAAGAAAAGGCCAAGAAAGAGAAAAUCGUUGCCGAUGACCUUAAAGCUAAUGCAAACACAUCUGAUGUGCAAAAGGAUAAUGGUAUCAACGCAGAGUUAGGUCUUGCAGCCUCUGAGGAUGCAAUGCUUGAUGGCCUUGUGGAAAGAGCAGAGAAAGAAAUUAUUUCUGGUGGUAAUACUGGAAAAAACUUAAUUGGGCACUCUGGCUCUUUUCUGUCAAAAUUAUGCAGAAAUUUUAGUUUGAUGCAAAAGUUUCCUGAGCUGCAGACAUCAGCAAUGCUUGCUUUAUGUAGGUUUAUGAUAAUUGAUGCAGACUUUUGUGAGUCAAAUCUUCAACUGCUUUUCACUGUUGUGGAGAAUGCACCAUCAGAAACUGUUCGGUCAAAUUGCACCAUUGCUCUUGGAGAUUUGGCAGUUCGUUUUCCCAAUCUAUUAGAGCCAUGGACUGAAAACAUGUAUGCACGCCUAAGGGAUCCUUCAGUUUGUGUCCGGAAGAGUGCUGUGUUGGUUCUUUCUCAUCUGAUUUUAAAUGACAUGAUGAAGGUGAAAGGUUACAUAAAUGAAAUGGCUAUGAGAGUAGAAGAUGAAGAUGAAAGGAUUUCAAAUCUGGCUAGACUUUUUUUUAAUGAGUUGUCAAAGAAAGGGAGCAAUCCUAUUUAUAAUCUACUCCCAGAUAUCCUUGGAAAACUGUCCUGCCAGAACUUGAAGGGAGAGUCUUUCUGCAACAUUAUGCAAUUUCUAAUUGGUUCCAUCAAGAAGGACAAACAAAUGGAAGCUCUUGUUGAGAAGCUGUGCAAUAGGUUUACGGGAGUGACAGAUAUAAGGCAGUGGGAGUAUAUUUCUUACUGUCUUUCUCAGCUAGCAUUCACUGAAAAGAGCAUGAGAAAGCUUAUGGAGUCAAUUAAGGCAUAUGAACAUGUCCUAUCAGAGGACACCGUGAUGGAGCAUUUUAAAAACAUAAUUAACAAGGGGAAGAAGUUUGCAAAGCCAGAAUUAAAAUCAAGCAUUGAGGAGUUUGAAGAAAAGAUUAGUAAGUCUCACAAUGAAAGAAAGGAACAAGAACUUACUGCAAAGAAUGCUCAAGCUCACCAACAAAAAAUUGAUAGCUUGGGGAGUUUUGUGGCGGCUAAAAAUGAGGUAGAGGAAAGUGGUGAAUCUGAAAUUACUGAAGAUGAAGAAGAAACUGAUAGGUCCAUGGAGAAGACUGGAAUUUUGCAUUCAAAACCAAAAAAUCCAAAGUCAAAGGAACAGUCACAGGCUUCUAGUGGGAUUACGGAUUCUGAAUUUGACGAUGAUGAAGUUCGAUCACCUCUUGCUAAUUUAAGAGGUGCCUCAAAAUCAAGGCUGAAGAAAAGCAGCACAAAAUGUCAAAACACUGAUACUCGCACCUCCACUAGAAGAAAUUCCCGAUCAAAGAGACGGUAGGAAGAAGAUUAAAGGACAAUGACUUAUGAUCGAUUCUUUGGUUCUUCGUAAAAUACAGUUAAGAAACUCGAUUGUACUUUAGGUUGUUUGUAAUGUAUAUGUUGAAUUGACCCUUAAUUUCUUCUCAACACGUUCUCUUGACUUUCUUUUCUCAGAAUCCUAAAAUCUACGGUAUGUAAGAACAUAUUCCACUCGAAUAUGUUAUAUGCGAUAUUGCAAAUAUAGUCACUUUUGCCAAA